AUGACGACCUUCGAGCCCUCACUUAGCACUACCAUGCGCGCUUCCUCGCACGAUGCGCCGUCCAUGGCCGACCAACUACCCAGCAUCAAUUUCGGAUUCGACGACUUGCGCAGUCGCAUGAACCAGUUCACUACACGAUUUGACGCCUUUAUCGAGAACGGACGAAGACGAGUGCUCGAAGAACGCAACCAGUUUCGCAUGAACGUUGCAGAACUCCAUGAGGACCAACGCAUGAAGAAGCGCGACAUUGAGAUUCUCGAACUCAAGACAGCCCAGCACAGCCAGACUCUUUCCAAGGAAUCCCAAGAAACAUCUGAGAUGCAAGAGGCCAUCUCCGCCCUUACCCUCCAGCGCGACGAGCGCUUGGCGCAUCGCGACAGCCUCCGCACACAGAUUGCUGAAGUGCAAAAGACCAUCUCCGCACGCCGCGAAGCCCAACUCAAGCACCGCAGAUACCUCGAUGGCCAGAGCCGGUACAACGAGCCGGAACUCGACUUCUGGGAAAACUAUCUGGGACUGAGAAUCGAGGGACUUGGCAAGGACGAUCGACUCAAGUUUGUGUAUACCAACGUCGACGAACGAGAGUGGGAUCGUGAGGCGUGGUUUGAGCUAGACACUAGCGAACGCGACUACAGAGUGUUAGAGAUGCGGCCCAAGGUUGAGCGCGAAGAAGUCGAGACAGUUGUGGAGAGACUCAACGAGACACGCGAUCUAGCAGGCUUCCUAAAGGGCAUGCGCGAGUUAUUUGUGGAAGCUUGCAAGUGA